UGCGAAUUUUUAAAUAAAGAAAGAAAAAUGGGCGAACGCUACAACAUCCACAGCCAGCUGGAGCAUCUUCAGAGCAAGUACAUCGGCACAGGACACGCGGAUACCACCAAGUUCGAGUGGCUGACCAACCAACACCGCGACUCUUUGGCCAGCUACAUGGGGCACUACGAUAUCCUCAACUACUUUGCCAUAGCGGAGAACGAAUCCAAGGCGCGUGUGCGGUUCAACCUGAUGGAGAGAAUGCUGCAGCCGUGUGGACCACCGCCAGAAAAGCUAGAGGACUAGGCAAUUGCAUUUAAAAACAAUAAAAAAGAAAUGUGUAAACAAUAAA